AUGCAGUGUUUACUGUUGAUUCUGUGUAUCGUUCGCAUGAUCGUGACUUCGAAAAUUGCCGACGACGAACAAGUAAAAGGAUUAGUACGCGACUGGGCGCCUCUGGUAUGGCUUGCACCUGGCGAACUCUUUUUACCUCUUGGGGUACCUGAGUUUCUUGACAACAUGCACUCCAACGAUGACUAUCUUAGCACCAGAGUCGACGUAGAAGUACUAUUGGGGAAUCGAUCGUCGUUCCUGUACGGCCGGAAGCCAGCGGGCACGGUACCAGUUUACGCUGUGAUCAAGAACUGCGCCUUUUCAGACGCUUCUACGGACGCGAUAAAUUUCAAGAACAUCAGGGACGGAAGAAAGUCACAAAGAAAGGGGGACGAGACGGUGAUAGGAUCGAAGAACGCGGUGCAGAUCGAUGAUCUCGCGUCGUCGUCCAUGAUCCUCACUAACGAUCUUCCGGGGAAGAUUCGGAAUGGCGACAUUAAGCAAAGUGUAGAGAAACCUGGUGAUUUUGAGAAAAAGAAGAAAAAAGGGAACAGGUCCCGGAAACUGCACUUUCACGUGACCUAUUGGAUGUUCUAUCCGUUCAGCGAGGGAAAGGCAGUCUGCGUUCUGGAUCUUGGAUUUUUUGGUAGCUGGCCGAUACCCACCGUGGGCGGGAUGUGCUUUGGAAUGCUUAAAGAAUAUGGCAACCAUGUGGGCGAUUGGGAACACAUGAGCCUUUAUUUCAAGGAUGCUAAUUACCCAUCGGCCAUGUACGUAUCCGCUCACGACGCAGGCGCGUUUUAUCGGUACGAUAUGCGAAGCGGCACCUUCAUUUACGAGAGUCAAGAGACGCGAAAUGGUAUCUUCCAGAAGCCCAUAUUUCCCGAAAGAGUUUUCACCGCUGGCGGCUCCCAUCCGAUACUAUUUAGCGCGCGAGGAUCGCACGGGCUCUGGACAGCACCGGGUAAACACAAAUUCGUCAGAUUACCGCGUCUUUACGAUGAAAGUGGCUUUGGUACCGCUUGGCCCACAUGGAAGAAGAUGGAAUUGCUUCUGAAAGAGGAUAACAAUAUCUUACCCAGCUGGAUGACUUUCAGAGGCAAGUGGGGCAAUCCUAAGAGCAACUGUCAUCCCUUGGCCAGACUCGGUUUCAACAUUUGCGAGUUCGUUGACGGACCGACUGGUAUUCCCAUGAAACAGUCGAGUUUUCGGUGCUGA